AUGGUUUACGAUUUUUUGAUACCUCUCACACGAAUCGAGAUAAUUGAGCUCGAAGUUUCGGUGUGGGCUCCUAUUAGAGGAAACGAAUCUCAGGAACUUAGAAUCUCAGAAUCUCAUAAUCUUAGAAUCUCAGAAUCUCAGAAUCUCAGAAUCUCAGAAUCUCAGAAUCUCAGAAUCUCAGAAUCUCAUAAUCUUAGAAUCUCAGAAUCUCAGAAUCUCAGGAACUUAGAAUCUCAGAAUCUCAUAAUCUUAGAAUCGCAGAAUCUCAUAAUCUCAGAAUCUCAGAAUCUCAGAAUCUCAGAAUCUCAGAAUCUCAGAAUCUCAGAAUCUCAGAAUCUCAGAAUCUCAGAAUCUCAGAAUCUCAGAAUCUCAGAAUCUCAGAAUCUCAGAAUCUCAGAAUCUCAGAAUCUCAGAAUCUCAGAAUCUCAGAAUCUCAGAAUCUCAGAAUCUCAGAAUCUCAGAAUCUCAGAAUCUCAGAAUCUCAGAAUCUCAUAA